AUGAUGGUUGAUAUCAUUUUUUAUUAUUUUAACUAAAUUACUUUCUAAUAAAAAUUGUAAAAAGAUGAUCAGAAAUCAUUUCAAGGUGAUUUGAAAAUAUUACAUGCAAAUUAGAAGCUGCUUUUUAACAUUUCUUCUUUUGAGUCAUAAUUAGCUGCUUCUAAACCACUAUCAUUUGUCAAUGGAGAUGCUGCUAUCCAGGGAGGAUUAGCAAUUAUUAGGUCAUAACUUAAGAAAGUAAAAGCUGAGAGAUAGAUAGAUUGA